AUGGAGAAGUCGAGUAGCGAGGAUUCUUCGAUCCACCGGAGUCCAUCUUUGGACAGCAAGGACUCGGACUUUGCCAAGCCGUCCACCUCGGGUCGCCCGUUCGGCCGCGGCUUCACGGCCGGCGCCUUCUACGGCACCGCGGGCUCCCGCGGCCAGAGCCGCGCCGAGGCUGGCGUGAAGACCGACAAGUACAAUGCGCCCAAAGGCAGCAAGUACGUGGUGUUUUACCUGGACCUGUCCUUUGUUCUCCUCCUAGAAUUUAAGAAGUGCAACAUGGCCAGAGGCUGCCUCUGCUGCUUGAAGUACACGAUGUUCCUCUUCAAUCUGAUAUUCUGGCUCUGUGGCUGUGGACUGCUUGGAGUGGGCAUUUGGCUCUCCGUGUCCCAAGGCAAUUUUGCCACCUUCUCCCCCAGCUUCCCAUCGCUGUCUGCAGCCAACCUCGUCAUUGCCAUAGGCACCGUCGUCAUGGUGACGGGCUUCCUCGGCUGCCUGGGCGCCGUCAAGGAGAACAGGUGCCUCCUUCUGAGUUUUUUCAUCGUCUUGUUGAUCACCCUCCUGGCGGAGCUGAUCUUAAUUAUCCUCUUCUUUGUCUACACGGACAAGGUGAAUGAGAACGCCAGGAAGGACCUGAAGGAAGGCCUGCUGCUGUACAACUCGGAGAACAACGUGGGGCUUAAGAACGCCUGGAACAUCAUUCAGGCCGAGAUGCGGUGCUGUGGUGUCACCGACUACACAGACUGGUACCCGGUGCUGGGGGAGAACACGGUUCCCGACCGCUGCUGCAUGGAGAACUCCCAGGGCUGUGGGCGCAACAGCAGCGCCCCCGUGUGGAGGACGGGCUGCUACGAGAAGGUGAAGAUGUGGUUUGAUGACAAUAAACACGUGCUCGGCACGGUGGGGAUGUGCAUCCUGAUCGUGCAGAUUCUGGGCAUGGCCUUCUCCAUGACCCUCUUCCAGCACAUCCACCGGACUGGGAAAAAAUAUGACGCCUGAGCGGGCCGGCCGAACGCCCCGGCCCCGCGGACACUGCGCCAGGGAAGAGGCCUUCAGCUUGUGUCGCCUGCCCGCACCCUCCAGACUGCUGACCCCUGCGCCCGCCGCCCCGGCCCGCCUUCCCCGCCGCCCGCUGCAGCCUUCUCGGCGGGCGGAGGCCAGGGAGGAGGAGGUGCAGAGACCUCGGGGUGCCGGGGUGCCCGGAUUCCUGUGUAUUUGCCAAAGAAGACGGGGUGGGCAGGGGCUGUGCUCCGGGGGCCCCCCGGCACCAGUGCGCUUCUGCCCUGUCCUUCCUCCGCUGACACUUUGUCCCCGCGUGGCGUGGGGCGGGAGGCGCAGGGCUCCCUCCCGGUGGAGAGACUUCGCGGCGGAGGCCCCGGUGCCCCUGGCCACCCGGAGAGCGGGUGCGCGGACGCGGGCGGGGCUGACCGUCUCCCGGCCGGGCCCCUGGAAACAUCUCGCCCAGGCUUUUUAUACCUUACAGUGUAACUUUUCUAUUUUAUUUUACUCUGAUUACGAUUAUUCAGGAAUACUAUCUCUUGGAUACGUUUAGGGUUAGCUUUCUGAUUUAUAACUUUUUACUGCGUUGAUUUCUGUAACGGUUUGAUUUUCUUUCUGAGGGUGGGGACAGGCAGGGACAGGGCGUGUCCGCCCGGUUUCUGUCAGGACAGACCGCUGUGCACACUCAGGAGGCUCUCGCCAGGAUGCACUGAGGGUGGGGGAGCAGGGAGCCCGGGAGGGGCAGGGGAGACGGAGGCACAGGAGGCCGUGCGGGGGCGAGGCCUGCAGGGUGCAGCGUUUGCCGAGGCCCAGGCCGCGUGAGAGGCCCGGGCCGGAGGUCCUCUGGGGGCUGCGGGUGCUUUGCUUGGGAACGAGGCCGAGCGGUCGUGGGUCCUUAUGCGUCACUGAUGAGCAGUUCCUUUUCCCUUCUUCCUCCCUCCUGCCCUCUGUGGGCCCGGGAGGCUCCCCUUCCACCCCUGCGGGCAUUCCCGCGACAGGUUCUGCAAACACGUUAUUUCACAGACAUUCCUGCUAGAAACUCUUGGACAAAUACCUCUGUAGUUCAGACGCUGCUUACUCUCUCACAUUGCUUCUGGAAGGGGAAGCGGUCCUUCCGUGGAGCUGCUCAGACAGCGGCAGAGGACCCACGACCACCAGAGGGGAGGGCGGAGCCGUGGUCGCUCCAGCCAGAGUCACUCAGCUGCUGACUCCCUGCUGGAGGGAGGGAGAGACGUCCACCGGGUCCCAGGACCUCAUCUCCUUCCCUGGGGUUCAUCGAUGCGGAGGUGACUGGUGAUCACGUCCUCUGCGACCCCAAGGCAGAGUACCGAGACCCAAGAGGGGUCAGACGGGAUCCUGUUACGGUAGCCCCAGGACAGAGCAGCCUGAGUCAGGGCCUGGAGAUGGACAGUUGGGGGGCAUCUGACUGCAGCGGGGUGCCCCGACUAGGGUUCAUGCUGGUCUAAGCAAGUUGUGCAGUUAAAAAAAUAAGAGUCCAUGGGGCUGAGAUUGGAAAGGUUUCCCCACCAGCUGGUGCUUCCCCAGGUGGGCCUCACCUGGGCGCUGCCUUUGUUCUGCACUGUUGGAUGGGUGCCCUGACCUCCUGGGGGGCCCUAUCUCCUCCCCAGCCUCCACCUGUCUGUUCCGAGAGCUGAGACCUGGCCACCCAGCCAGCAGCCCCCUUCUCCCUUAAGUACAAGACGGUUGGGACCAGUACAGAGCUUUUGGUGCGCUCGGGAGUCGAGCUUCUGGGUGCGGGGCAGCAGAGAGUAGGGCGCGCUCAGCGGGUUGGGCAGAGCAGAGACCACCUCCUGAGACGGGAGUGGGUGCUCAUGGGAAAGCCUGUGGGCAGGGCCGUGGGCGGAGGCCACAGGGGACAGGCCUUCCCCGCCCUCUGGCCCUGCCUUCCCGGGAGCCCAGGUCUGCAGAGCCCAGAGAGGACGCACCACCAUUCCGCCGCGAGGGACCCUCCACAAACGAGCAUUUGGGUGGCGCAGCGGCACUGCUGCGUAGUGGGUUUAUCCUGGGGGGGGGGGUUUACGCCUAUCAAUGCAACGUAAAAUUUUUGUUAAAAUCAGCAGCGAAAGCCUAGCACCUUGGUGGUGUAUGGCCUCGCUGGCAUCUUCUGUUUCUGGGGCUUCAAGGGGCGUCCUCCGGCCCCCUCCUCCCGCCAGCCCCUGCCCCAUCCGUCUGUCCACAGAGCCUUGUCCACAGUUCCCCAAACUGCCUUCUCGCCUGACCCUGUG